AUGGCGGCGCCCCUCAGCCCCCCGCCCGCCGCCGCCUCCUCCCGUCAGCGGCCGGGGCUGGGGGAGUUUCUGUCAGCUUUCUACCUGUCAGAUUCUCUGGCCACGUUCCUGCUGCGGCUUGGACUUUGGGCUGCAUCACGUGGACGGCCUGUCGGUCCCCCGGCAGUGCACAGCAGCAGCAGCACCAGCGGUGACCAGCAGGAAGCACGAAGACCGCCUGUCGGUCCCCCAGCUGUGCACUGCAGCAGCAGCAACAGCGUGCACCUGCCGGCACCCCCACGCUCGCGUCUCCCCCCGGGCUGCGUCCCCGCCCCGGCGCCCAGGCCCCGCCCCCAGCUCGCGGGGCUCUCGGGGAGCAGCGCGGGAGUAGGAAUGAGACGAGGCGUUCCAGGGACUCCGCUCCCGCCACGCGUUCAGGAACCUGCAGCACCUCGACGGGACCUCCUCGCCAAGGAGGAAGAAUAUAAGCGUUUAAAUGCAGAAUUGGAGGCAAAAACAGCUGACCUGGUUCGACAAGCUGAGGAAGUAAUAAGAGGUCAGCAAGAGGUACGGUCCAGGCCUGUUUCACAGAUUAAAUCGUAUGAAGAUGAGGAUGAUUACAGCUCAAGAGGUCUAUUAUCAUCUGAAGAAACAAUUCAUCUACAUUCAGAAACUGAGCCAAAGACCAAAAACAUUGGUCCAGUAAUCAAGGUUCAAAACAAACUACACUCUGCAAAUAAAGGAAGGAAAACAAACUCAAGGGUAAAGUUGAAAUACUCUGAUGUACAAACUGCCGAUGAUGUUGCCAUUCCAGAGAAUUUCUCAGACUUUUCUCUUGCGAAAACAAUUAGCAAAAUUGAAGAGCAACUGGACGAAAAAGGCUUAUCUGAAUAUAUAGAUGAUGAUAUUUUCUCUGGUGUUAGUAAAGACAUUGGAACAGAAGCUCAGAUGAGAUUUCUAAAGGCUAAACUCCGCGUUAUGCAGGAGGAACUGGAUAAUGUUGUGUGUGAAUGCAAUAAAAAGGAGGACGAAAUUCAGGAUUUAAAGUCCCAGGUAAGAAGUUUUGAAGAAGAUUGUAUGUGGCAGCGGCGUACAAUUAACACGCAGCAGUCUCAGAUAGAAAAAUAUAAAGCUCUUUCCGAAGAAGCAAACCGAAAGUGUGAUGGAUUACAGCAACAGCUGUCUUCAGUAGAAAGGGAAUUAGAAAAUAAACGAAGACUACAGAAACAGGCUGCCAGCAAUCAAAGUGCAACAGAAGUCCGCCUGAACAGAGCGCUAGAGGAAGCAGAAAAGUAUAAGCUGGAGUUAAGUAAAUUAAGGCAGAAUAACAAGGAUAUAGCAAAUGAAGAACAGAAAAAAAUUGAAGCCUUAAAAUCAGAAAACAAGAAACUAGAAAAACAAAAAGGAGAAUUAAUGAUAGGGUUCAAGAAACAAUUGAAAUUAAUUGACGUUUUAAAAAGGCAGAAGAUGCAUAUUGAAGCCGCCAAGAUGCUGUCUUUCACAGAAGAGGAAUUUCUGAAGGCACUAGAAUGGGGAAAUCCAUGAAUGAUCUACUUCAGUUAGUCCCUAAAAGAUAACGGAUAGUGGAUGGUGGACAGCCAUGUUAUUUAACUUGUACAAACUGUAGUGGCUCGAAUUAUUUUUCUCUUUAUAAAUCAUGACAAUUUUUGAUAAGAAAACUAAGUAAUUUCAGAGAUUUCCUUGUUUAGAUUUGGGGCAUACAAAACUAAUUUAUAAUUAUCUGAAAAAGGAAAGGUUUUGUAAAAUAAAGCAACAAGAAUUUAACUUUUUCAUUCUUUUUCUUAUGACCUACUAGCCCUUUUUAUUUUACGUUUUCACAACUGCACUUGACUGUAUAGAAUACGUUAUGGAGAGUCAGCUCUCGUUCAUAAAUGAUAGUUUAUCUGAGAGAAAUUCUGUUUUAAGUUCUUGUUGACAAUUC